UCGGAAUUCCAUUAACAAACGGUAUCACUAUAAAUUGGCCACUCUUCUCAGAAAUUUUUUUUUUUCCCCAUAAUCAAAGUUCCUUUUCUAAUUUUUUCAUUUUUUUUCUCUUUUCAUCUUUCCUCCAUACCCAAACUUUCACUUGUUAGUGAAAAAAAGGAGGCAAAAAAAAAAAUUUUAGCCACACUAAACUUAAAAUCUCCAUUUUAGACACUUAUUUUGUAACUUUUGAUAAGUACAAAAUAACCUUCUUUAUUUUCUUGCUUAUUUUAUUUUUUUUUUUUUGUCUCGACCAAUAACACCGCUACAUAUCUUUCCUACCCAACUUUUGACUUUCUAUAAUGGCCUCUAAAUUUUCUUUUGUUUUUGCCUUAUUGGCUGUCCUCUGCUUAUCUGUUAUUUCCUUUGCGUCCCCAAUUAAAGAUGUGUCAUCCACCACGAUGACUAUAUCAGAAACAAAAACUUCCAAUUCGGAACAUUUUGCUGUUGCUGUACAACGCGUUGAUGACCUUGUAAAUGAUAACGGUGAAUUACUCGCUGAAAGAAUUGAUGCCGUUAUUGUCAAUUUUGAUUUAAAAAAUGAUCAAUUAUUAGUCAACAAUGUUCCAGUUGAAUUAGGUAUAAGUUCAUUUCAGGUAAUAGAAGCACAAAUCGUUCCGGCAAAUAUCAAGAUCGAACAAUUAGAAGAAUACGCUGAUAACUUUGACAUUGGUCUUGUCACUGUUCAAGUCUUGACAGCUGCUGAAUCUGUACCAACUACUGAAGAAGGUGUUACGCUUCGUCGUGUCUCAAUUACCCUUCGUAUUAUAGAAAUUGAUGGCGUUAGUGUUGUUCAACCACAAGAUGCUGUCGAAAAAGUAUUGGAAUUUAAAGUAUUCGAAAUUUCAGAUGGAGACAAAGAUGUUACCGUUCCAUUCUAUCCAGCUGAAGAUUUAUCAUCACAUCAUAACAAAGAAGAAAAACAACUUGAACAACAGGAAAAAAGCUCGUUCCAUCCCAUUACUUCCCGUAUACGCCACUGGUGGCGCUGCUCCUCACGUUUCACUCGUAUCAUACUUGCUUCACUCUUCCUUACCAUCUUAUUUGGUGUGUUCUUUAUGGCUAUUCCAGCCUCCGUGCAAGCGUUAAUAAUGCUAGCACGUCGUCCAUCACAUUAUAGUGCUGUUUCAUUCGAUGACGACGAAACUGUAGUUGAACAAGUUAUCUUUAUUGCUGAUGAAGAAAAAAGGGCGUUGAUGGAACAAGAAAAGGAACUUAAACAAUAAAUAAUAUUGUUACACUUUAUCUUACCCCUUAUUUAUAAUUUUUCACCAUAAUUUUCGACUUUUACUUACUUUCAUAAAUACCAUCAAACAUCCGUUUUCUAAUUAAAAAACCAAUAAUCAUAAUCUCUUUUUUUUUUUUCUUU